AUGCGCUCCAACGCCAAGGACAUGGCUGCCGUGGCCGAGGGACGUGCUGACUUGGAGGGCCGGCUCAGCCACAAACCGCCCCGCUCCGGUCUGCGCGAAGAGCGGACGCGCGAGCGCUGGUUCAAACUGCGCCACAACCUGCUGUUCUACUACCGUCUAAACGAGUACGGCGGCGUGUCGGCCGACGGCCCGGCCGGCCUGUUUGUGCUGGAGAAUGUGCACGUGCAGCCAGAGCCGUUUGCAGAGGGCAUGUCGUUCUGCUUCAGCCUGACGUUCGACAGCGACCGCGAGCGACGCCACCUGAUGGCCUGCGUGAGCGCCGCCGCCGCCGACCAGUGGGUGGCCGCGCUGCGAGCCGCCUCAUACGAGAGCAGACGCAAACAGCUCAAGGAGCUGCGCAGCAAGCUGCUCAACCUGACCGGGCGCGACCCGCUGCGGCCGUUCCCGGGCGCGCGCGCGCUCAAGAAUGUGACCAGUGUGGAGGAGGAUCGUAGCGGGGGCCGGCCGCGCAGCUCCUGGGCCAGCGGGAAGGUCAGCGCGCGAGACGCCACGUUCCGCAGUCAUCUGAUACCGAACGGCGGCGCGCAGACCAGCAGCCUACUGGACUGA